AUGCCUGCAGCCCCUCUCAACGUGGCAUUGGUGGACCGGUUUUUCGAGGCAAGAAGGGAACUCGCGUCCAUUUAUAUAUCCCCUUCGUUGAUCCGAAAAUCGGAGGCCAUCAUUCUGUCCGCUGGUAAGGUUGGCACAUCUUCUAACCCUGCCAUAGGCCUGGCCGGUCUAUGUGUCGGUUCAUACUGUGGACUUCUCAUGGCAUCUAAAGGAAGGCUUUCUUCGCUGCUAUAUGCUACAAGCCUCGGUGUUCAAGGUGCAUUUUCCAUUCUCAACGCGAAACGGCCACACUUCAUGCAAGCCUUUGAAAGGUAUCAGCUCCUGAGAAGAAAAAUUCUGCUCCACGGCCGAGAAGAGUCUCUCUUGACUUCCGACGGAUCCAUUGAAAAUGAAGUGGUUAAAAUCGAGGCCUAUCCUGCAACCGAAGAAGCCGAGCAAAGGUUAAAAGGUACGUGGCCCAUGUAA